ACCCUGACCUCGGUGAUUGUCGCGCCGGUCGCGACAAGUGGCGCCCGAACAGGGACCUGAGACAACAAGGAGGAAAGUGAAAGCGGACCGCACGGCGUCUAAUUCAGAGGAAGAUCCCGAGCUGUUCAGCUCUUUGGACACGAUCCAGAAUUUAUUGCUUGUGCCUUUCUGACACAGAAGCUGGUGGACGCUGCUUUUGCCCAGUCCAUCGAAUGGCAACUUGCCUUGGCUAAUUUUACAGGAUGAGGAAGCACCACGCUGGGUCCCGCUUCGGCUCCUCAGAGACAUUAUGGUUGCGCCGAAAAAUGGCCAAAUUGACAGUGACGGAGCUCCCCCAGAAACGGCAACGGUGGAGUCAUAAGGCGGGUACACCCACCUGGGGACAGAUAAAGAACCUGCUGACCCAAGCCACUGAUGUAGUGAUAGCCUCAGGUAGAGAGGUAACAGCCAGACAUGUCUUCUUGGCAUGCCUGUGCAUUCUAACUACAACCGGGGAGUCUGCUUUCUAUUGGGCAUACAUGGUAGGUCCUCCUACAGUACAACCUGUAACAUGGAGAGACCCCACACCCAAAGUAUACACCAAUCUCACCUUUAUGGGAGGGGAAGAUGCAGGGUUUUUGCCCACUGUGUCGGCCUCUAUAAAUUGGACGGCACUCUCUGCAGGAGUACCCAUCUGCCUGCAAAGGGAGUCUACGCCGUACAAACUUGCUUAUGGGUGUUUGGGUACGAAACCAGUAGGGCGGUCUAUUACUUAUACUAUGUGGCAAAAUGACAAGCGUCUUUCUGAACGGGUACCCCGCUCCGUUGCCGCUUAUUGGCAAAAGAGAGAAUUAUUAGGAGAAUGGAUGUUUUUUGGACCGCGUGAUCCUCCUCAGAAUCUUCCUAUAUGUCCCUCAGCUGGUCAAGGCCUUACUGGGGACUCACCUUGGGGUAUAUGUGCCCAGUCCUCUUCUUUGAGGAUGACUCCUAAAGACAUAAACUAUACCAUUACAGAUUAUUCCUGAAAGGCCCGGCUAGCUCAGUCGGUAGACCAUGAGACUCUUGAUUCCAGGGUCGUGGAUCCACCUCCUAGCGAGGUACAGGUACACCAUAAGAUUAUCCCACAAACAAUUUUGCAAUCCCCUGAAGGAAGAAUUCAUUCUGAUCUUUGGAAAUUAUAUGCUACCUUUGAUAAAAUAUAUACUAAUGACAGCUUUAGUUUUCCAGAAUAUUAUGUUUCUCCAGUUCUGCAAUUGUGUGCCUGUGUUCCUCCACCCUACUAUCUGAUUGUUGGAGAUGGGACCAUUACUCCAGUGAAAGAAGAUGGUCAUCAGUUAUACCGGCUGACGUGUCCUGCUUGUGUUUUGACCAAAUGUCUACCAGUAGAUGGACCCUCUAGAAGUGGAAUGAAGGUUUAUCUGGUCUUACAACCUCCCUAUUGGAUGUGGCCAGUAAAUGUUACAGGACCUUGGUAUCCUAAUUAUGGGAUGCAAUUGGCUUUAGAAAUCAGUAAACAUCUGCGCAGGACCAAACGGUUUCUUGGACUCUUAAUUGCUGGACUCAUGGCAGCAGUGACUGUAAUUGCCUCUGCAACUGUAUCUGUAAUAUCCUUACAUGAAAGUGCCCAAACGGCAUCCCAUGUAAAUGAAUUGGCUCAUAAUGUAUCCAAGGUGUUUGCCACUCAAGAACGAAUAGACCUUAAAUUGGAAGCCCAAUUGGAGGCACUACAAGAAGCACUGAUGUAUCUUCGUGAUCAGUUUGCUGUUUUGUGUACCAGACUUUCUUUAAUUUGUCACGAUGCAUAUAAGCAUAUCUGUGUUACCCCUUAAGAGUAUACCAAUGUGACAUGGGGACAAGUGCGUUGUCAUUUACAAGGGGUUUGGCAUGAUGCUAAUACUAGCUUAGACCUCUUACAGCUACAAGAAGAGAUAAAUGCUGUUGCAAGUAGCUCACUCAGUUUCCCUAACCCUGGAGAUCUCGCUGAAACCAUACUGCACCAACUUAAUGGGUUUAAUCCAUUUAAUAUUCUUCAGCAUUCCUUUUGGAUCUUUAUUGGAAUUGUUUCCGUAAUAUCUGUUAUACUUGUCUUGCUGUGUUAUUUCUGGAGAUGGGGUCUUACUGCCUUUACCACACACCAGGCCAGGAUGCACAUGUUGCAAUUACAAACAAUAGGGGGACAUGUGGGGGGCCGGGCCCCGGUGCCAGGCUGA